AUGAGUUCCUUAACAAGCAGAGAAGCCACUCCGCUUUUGGCUCCCAUCAAUAGUGCAUUCAGUGAUAUCGAUGAACUGGAAAUCGUUGCGUAUAUAGACCAAAGAAGAGUGUCGAUUGCGUCUGCCGGCCCAGACAGAAUCCCACCUUCAUUUUUGACCUCCAAAAGUCCUAUCCCUCAUGAAAGAGAUCGGUUGACCCAUUCCAUUUCUCGUAACUCUUUGUAUGUGCCCGAUAUUUCUGAUAUCAUAUCAAAUUCCGAUAUCGCCCCAGAGCCAGAGACGGAUCUUGCGACAGAAGUCAAGGUUUUGCUCUACUAUUCGGUGCCAUUGGUCGUCACCUUCUUAUUGCAAUAUUCCUUGACAGUAGCAUCGGUGUUCUCCGUUGGCAGAUUAGGGUCAACAGAAUUGGCUGCAGUCAGUUUGAGUUCGAUGACCGCUAACAUCUCUGGUUACGCCAUAAUCCAAGGUGUAUCAACAUGUCUUGAUACUCUUUGCGCUCAAUCGUUUGGAAGAAAAGAUUAUAAUACAGUUGGAUUACACUUCAUGAGAUGUAAUUACAUGUUACUCCUUUUAUUUGUGCCAAUCUUUUUUUUGUGGGUCUUUGGAGCAGAACCCGUCUUACAUUCCAUUAUAGGAAAGGAAGAAGCCAAGUUAUGUCAAUUGGCUGCAAGAUACUUGAGAAUAUUGAGUUUUGGAAUGCCCGGUUUCAUCUUGUUUGAGAACGGAAAGCAUUUCUUGCAAAGUCAAGGGAUUUUUCAUGCUUCUACAUAUGUAUUGGUAAUCUGUGCUCCUUUGAACGCUUUGUUGAAUUACUUGUUGGUCUGGGAUAAGACUGUUGGAAUUGGUUUCGCCGGAGCUCCAUUGUCCGUAGUUAUCACCAAUUGGCUCAUGUGCGUGCUUCUUUUUGCUUACAUUUUCUAUGUCAAGGGCUACCAAUGCUGGCCAAAGCAACAAUUACUGGAUUCGGUAUACUUUACUAGCUGGACGAAGAUGAUCAACCUUUCGGUUCCUGGUGUGUUGAUGGUAGAAGCCGAGUGGUUAGCUUUUGAAAUUAUCACUUUCACCGCCUCCAAGUUUGGCACUGAAGUAUUGGCUGCUCAAUCUAUUGUCAGCACCACUUGUGUAUUGAUGUAUCAAAUACCGUUUGCCAUUUCUAUUGCCGCUUCUACAAGGAUUGCAUGGUACAUUGGAGCAGCAUCUAUUAAGUCUGCAAAGAUUGCAACCUCAGCUACAAUUAGAACUUCUUUGAGUUUGGGUAUUGUAAAUUGUUGCAUCAUCUAUGUAUUUAGAGAGUUUUUUGCAUCCUUAUACACCAACGACAAGAAAGUCAUUAAGUUGGCAUCGGAAGUUUUGAUCAUUGGUGCUGUUUAUCAGAUUAAUGAUUUUCUUUCAUGUGCAACAGGAGGUGUUCUAAGAGGGCAGGGCCGCCAAAAAAUUGGCGGAAUCUUGAAUCUCAUCAGUUACUAUCUAAUUGCCUUGCCAGUUGCAUUCUUAUGUGCAUUUUAUUUUAAGUUGGGAUUAUUGGGACUUUGGAUCGGUAUGAUUAUCGCCUUGUUUUUCAUUUCGGUAUCCCAGUAUUACUUCGUUGCUACCAGCAACUGGGAAGCGGUUAUUAAUGAGUGUAUCAAUGAAGGAAUUAUGGAAGAGGGAAACAUUACUAUUGAUGCACAUUCGACCAUUCCUAGCAUGAGCAGUUCAACAUACGUCUAA